AUGGAUAAUGAGGGAAAUAUUUCCUACAUAACUCUGUCUGGGUUUGUGGAACUGAACAAAUACAGGUAUUUGUAUUUUACUAUUAUGAUUGUUGUAUAUAUUUUGAUAAUCUGCAGUAAUUUUGUUAUUGUGUAUCUGAUUGUGUCAAACAAAAGCCUCCAUGAACCCAUGUACAUCUUUAUAGCAGCUUUGUUAUUUAAUUGUGUUCUUUAUAGCAUCACUGUUUACCCAAAGCUUCUGAUUGACUUUUUAUCUGAAAAACAGACUAUAUCAUAUUCAGCUUGUCACUUCCAGUUUUUCAUGUUUUAUACUGUAGGUUGMACAGAGUUCAUGCUGUUAGCAGUCAUGGCUUUUGACAGAUAUGUUUCUAUAUGUAAGCCUCUCAGAUACCAAARUAUUAUGACAAAAACCACAGUGAAUAUAUUUCUGAUUCUAGCCUGGUUCUUUCCUGCUUGUCACAUUACAGUACAGACAAUCCUCAGUACAAAAGCUAAAAUGUGUAACUUAAGGUUAAGAGGAAUACUUUGCAACAAUGUCAUUUAUUCAGCUCAUUGUGUGAAAUCAGGACCAAUUGCUAUUUUUGGGGUUGUUGCUUUACUAAAUACUGUAUAUCUUCCUAUGCUUUUUACAGUUUUUACAUAUGCAAAGAUUAUUGUAAUAUCCUAUAAAAAGUCUAAAACAUUAAGGAAAAAAGCUGCUGAAACCUGCAUACCUCACCUGUUAGUUUUAAUCAGCUACUUUUGUUUGAUGUUAUAUGAUGUGAUUGUAGCUCGACUGGAGUUUGAUUUACCCCAAACUGUUCGCUUUAUAAUGACAUUACAAKUAWUUUUAUAUCAUCCUUUGUUUAAUCCAUUCAUAUAUGGGAUUAAAAUGAAGGAAAUUUCAAAACAUGUUAUUAAAAUGUUUUAUUAA